AUGAACCAACCGCAGCAUAUAUCAAGGCGAUUCGACAACUUCAAUGCUGAACAAGUUGCAACAAAUCGUCUUCGGUUAAGAGCUCACAUACUUGUGGUGCGAUUGCUUGCACUCCAAGGGAUUCCGUUUAGAGGCCACGAUGAGAAAUCUAGUUCGUCCAAUCGUGGCAAUUUUCUUAAAUUUUUGGAUGUGCUGGCCAUGGAGAAUGACGAAUUUUCAAAGGCAAUUGCGAAAGCUCCCAAAAAUGCCAAAUAUACAAGUCAUGAUAUUCAAAAACAAAUACUUCAUGUGUUUUCAGUGAGAUUGAAAAAUGCAAUUCGUGAAGAAAUUGGAGUUGCCAAGUAUUGCAUUAUUGUUGAUGAAGCCCGUGAUGAGUCAAAAAAAGAGCAAAUGUCUAUUGUGUUGUGGUUUGUGGACACUAAUGGAUUCAUUCAAGAAAAGAGCAUUAUUGUCAAGUUUUAUGCACAAGAUUUUACAAGUGAAGAAAAAGAGAGUUUGAAGAUGCAACUGAAACAUUAUGAGCAUAAUGUAGUCAAAGGGUCAGACUUCAAAACUCUUUCAAACAUUUCUGAGUUGUGUCAAUGGUUGGUAAAGACUAAUAAAUCUGCUACAUACGACCUCAUUUUUAGAGUGAUCGUACUUGUGCUUACUCUUCCAGUUUCUACUGCUACUGCAGAACGAUCAUUCUCAGCUAUGAAUAUCGUCAAAACUAGGCUUCGAAGCAAAAUGGAUGAUGCUUUCCUCUCCGACUUUUGA